UAACCAUUCUGCGGUUACCCAUGGCACGAACUAGACGCGCGCGCGCACAUUCAAACAAUAUACAAUAAUUUUUUUCUUUCUUACUAAAUUAAAAAAAAAUUAAAUAAAAAGAAGUAACAAAUAUUUAAAACUAAUCAAAAAUAUAAAAAAAUCUUUGAUAAAUAAAACUUUACGAUUGUUGGCAAAAACUAGCUUGCCGACCAAGAAAAAAAAAACAUAAAGUUUUUGCAAAAAAAAAAAAGUUUAACAUUUAUUUAAAAGAGAUGCUAAUCUUAUGGAAAUCAAUAUAAACAAGGAUUUAAAAAAACCAAUUGUGUAAUAAGUUUUUAUCUAACAAUAUUUUGUUGUUGUUAAAAGAAAUUAAAAGUUUUUAUAACAAAUUAAAAAAAAAAUCGGAAUUUUGGUAUAAACUUUCCAUAACUUCUAUUCGGCCUUUAAUGUUAUUCAUUUUGUUGGAUUAAAAAUCAGUUGGAUUUAUCUUAUACGUGAAAAACAUCAUAAAAGUUUAAAUUAUUUCGAAAAUCGGCUUUUAAUUACGAUGAAGAUUAAGAAAUUUACUUUAACAUUAGCGCUGUGUCUAUUUAUUCAGUUUGCCAUAGCCGAUGAUGUCGAAGUGGCGAAGGGUAACGAGGAAAUGUCCGAUCAUGAUAACGAAGUGGAUCAAGUUGCCUUAGAAAGUGAACACGAUUCACAAAAUCAAAAGGUUUUAUAUCAACAUAAUAUCCAACAACAGCCACAACAACAGCAGCAGCAACAACAGGGUCCCGGUCCAGCCAGAACAUCUUUAAAUUAUUUCAUUACAGGCAAUAACAAAGGUAUUCCUUUAGCUUUAGGACAGCCCUUUGGUCCACCACCACCGCCUUCACAGUUGGCUUACCAAGGACCACCACCACCUUUGCCACCUCAACGACAAGCUCCCCCGCCACCUCAACCUCCACAACAACAGCAAGUACAUGUGCCACAAUCACUACCCGACUUGAGUGUGGGUGCUUCAUCCACCAAUGAAAUAUGGUCUUCCCCCGUACAGGACAUGGCGAAAAUAAUUUCGCUCGAUGUCAAGUGUGAAAAGAAUGGCAUGAAAGUUUUUGUACAAUUCGACAAACCCUUCUAUGGUAUUGUCUUCUCCAAAGGCCACUACAGCAAUAUGAAUUGUGUUCAUUUGCCAUCGGGUUUAGGUCGUACUUCGGCCACCUUUGAUAUUGGUCUACACGAAUGCGGUACAUCGGGUAAUACUGAAAAUGGUCUUUAUGGUUAUGGUCAUGAAUCGGGUUCAGGCACUUAUUUCGAAAACAUUAUUGUCAUACAAUACGAUCCACAGGUUCAAGAGGUUUGGGAUCAAGCCAGAAAACUACGUUGUACUUGGCACGAUCAGUAUGAAAAGAGUGUUACCUUCCGUCCCUUCCCCGUCGAUAUGCUAGAUGUUGUUAGGGCUGAUUUUGCUGGCGAUAAUGUUGGCUGCUGGAUGCAGAUACAAGUAGGCAAGGGACCUUGGGCUUCUGAGGUCUCUGGUUUGGUUAAGAUUGGUCAGACUAUGACCAUGGUGUUGGCUAUUAAGGAUGAUGAUUCUAAAUUCGAUAUGUUAGUAAGAAAUUGUGUGGCCCAUGAUGGUAAGCGGGCACCCAUACAGCUGGUAGAUCAAAGAGGUUGUGUUACUAGACCCAAACUAAUGUCACGUUUUACUAAGAUUAAGAAUUUCGGUGCCUCAGCUUCGGUAUUGUCCUAUGCUCAUUUCCAAGCUUUCAAAUUCCCCGAUUCCAUGGAGGUGCAUUUCCAAUGUACCAUACAAAUCUGUCGUUAUCAGUGUCCUGAUCAAUGUUCUGAUCCUAACCUGCAAGAAGUUCAUCACUUGCAGGUGGGACCAGAAUCACAAUAUGGCCCACCACCGCCACAACUACAUGUAGAUACUUAUCAUGUGGGCAGUUCUAUAAGCAAAAGACGUGAUGAACGCCGUGUUCAACGUAGGGCUCGUGCCGUAGAUAAUGAACCCGAAGUUGGACUCAAUCGCAUUAUUAAAGUCGUCUCUUCCGGUGAUUUAACAUUUGCCAUAGAGGAAAAUGCCAAUAGUAGUACUGCCAGCGCUGCAGCCCAGACCAUGGUCUUCCCCGCCCGAGAAGAUGGUCUCAUUUGUAUGACUACUCCCGGUUUUGCGAUAACUUUGAUUAUUCUAUUAGGCAUUCUAAUAACUUCAUGUCUCAUUUCCGCCGUUCUCUAUGUACGCUUAAGACCCUUCUCGACCAUAACGAAAAAAGAACGCGCUGUAGCCUUUACGAAUCCACAACUAACAGGUACUUUACCUGUCAUACAAAUACCACCACCACCAGGGCAUGGUACCCUGUCAAAAAACCGGACGCAUACAUAAAUAGAUUAGACAGUUUUUAGUACAAAUAUGAGACUUUUUUUAUUGAAAAACAAAAGGGUAUAUUAAAAACAAAUAAAUAUUUAAAAAAUCGUUAUAAUAAACAAUAAACUGGGAGAAAAACAAUUGAAGAAAUUGAAGAGCUCAACAACUGGGUUGUUGAGUGUCGUCGAUAUUAAAACCUUUUUGAAAUUAGUCUACUUUGUUUUGAAUAAUAAAACAAAUAAAAUGUUUAUAUUAAAUAAUUAAUGUUUAUUAAGAGUUGAAGGAAAAUGGAAAGAAAAAGGAAAUACAAAAUGUUUAACUUGUAAAUCAAUCACAAUAAUCAAUAGUUUUAUACUGUAAUUUUUUGAAAUAUCUGUCAUUCACAAUAAUGAAUGCAAUUUGUUUAUGCAGAAAUUCCUUUUAGGUAAAUUAUUCUUUUUUUUACGUUUAAAAUUAGGUCCUAAUUUCCCUCACAACUCAUGAUAAAUAUUAAGCUUUAUUUUAGUAUAAAUAUUUUGUUUUAAAGAAGCUCUUCUUUAAUUUUCAGUUCAGUACUAUAAAUAGUUCUUCCAAGACUAGCCUAAGUUUUCGUUAAUUUUUUUUUGUUUUUCAAUUCAAUUUUAAUUACAAGCUUUAAUAAAUAGAUGAUGAUGUUUUUUUUUUAUUAUUUUGUUCUUUUAUAUAAAUAUUUUUAAUUCAAAACCUCAACGAAACUUUUGGCUUUUCUUUUAUUUACGCAGUAUACAUAUAUAUAGUUUGGGUCUACUUUUAUUAGUUUAACUUUUUCAAGGUGGUAGUCACUUUUUUCGGGCUUAUUUGCUCACUGUUCAUAACUCUGUAUUACUUUUACUUUAGCUCUUGAUCUAUUAGACUGUAAAACUGUUUGUCUCUGUCUUAAUCACUGUGCAAAGUAUUAAAUUAAGCCUAUAUUAUUAAUUAAUUUUAUUAAAUUAAAAACAAACACAAAACACACACAAACAUA